CAAAGAGGGGGGAAAAACGCGCUCGGUGGGUGGGUGCAGCCCCUCUGGGUGCAAGCAAAGGAAGACGUCAGCUGAGCUGCUCAGGUUCCUCUUUAGCGGGGAAACGCGCACCACGCACACUUCCUCCUCUGAGAGCACUUCACCGCGCCUGUCCGUCCGUCCGCACCUUCAUCCUGAGCGGGCCCGGGGAAAUGAUGGAAGCCCCGAAACAGACGUGAGGAAUACGGACCCCCGCAGUCGCCAUCCCCCCCGAAGUAAAUUCCGAGGAGACGUUUCUGAAACUGCGCAAGUGCGGAAGUGAGGUGUUGUCUUCCUGCUGAGGCUCUGCUGUUUCCAACAGUACGGCAUCAUGGGCUGCAUCGGCUCAAAGAAGGGGCAGGAGAUUCCCAUGAAGGAGAACGCCAGCGACGAGCAGAGCCAAGUACCUUCCGGACACUAUGUCAAAGACCCCACCUCCGGCAAAAAAACUCCCAAACUCCCAGGACCAAAUUCCUCAGAAGGGGAGAGUGUUGCCAUCGCAUUGUAUGACUAUGAAGCCAUUCACGAGGGAGACCUGGGCUUCAAAAAGGGCGACAGGCUUAAAAUUUUGGAAGAAUCAGGCGAAUGGUGGAAAGCCAAGUCCAUCAGCUCAGGCCAGGAAGGCUUCAUCCCCAGCAAUUAUGUCGCAAAAGACACUCUAGAGACAGAGGAUUGGUUUUUUAAAGGGGUAAGUCGGAAAGAUGCUGAGAGGCAGUUGCUGGCCUCUGGGAACAAAACAGGCUCCUUCAUGAUCCGAGACAGCGAGACCACAAGAGGAAGCUACUCCCUUUCAGUGAGAGACCACGAUCCCCAAGCCGGUGACACAGUUAAACAUUAUAAGAUCAGAACGCUGGACAAUGGAGGGUUCUACAUCUCACCCCGCAUCACAUUUAGAACCCUGCAAGAACUGGUCAGCCAUUACAAGAAGCAAGGAGAUGGCCUCUGUCAAUCCCUGACCUCCCCAUGUCUGAGCCCCAAACCUGAGAAGCCCUGGGAGAAAGAUGCAUGGGAAAUCCCACGAUCAUCACUUAAACUGGAGAAAAAGCUUGGUGCUGGACAGUUUGGAGAAGUCUGGAUGGCCACUUAUAAUAAGCACACCAAGGUAGCAGUGAAAACCAUGAAGCCUGGCAGCAUGUCCGUGGAAGCCUUCAUGAUGGAAGCCAAUCUGAUGAAGAGACUGCAGCACGAUAAACUGGUUCGACUUAACGCCGUGGUCACAAAGGAGGAGCCCAUCUACAUCAUCACUGAAUUCAUGGAAAAAGGCAGUCUGCUGGACUUCUUGAAAAGUGAUGAAGGGAACCGUGUUCAGCUUCCAAAGCUCAUCGACUUCUCUGCUCAGAUUGCAGAGGGAAUGGCUUACAUUGAGCAGAAUAACUACAUUCACAGAGACCUGCGAGCAGCCAACAUUCUGGUCAACAAGGCUUUAGUUUGCAAGAUUGCAGACUUUGGAUUAGCUCGUAUCAUUGAGGAUAACGAGUACACAGCUCGAGAAGGAGCCAAAUUCCCCAUCAAAUGGACAGCACCAGAAGCCAUUAACUACGGGUCUUUCACUAUUAAAUCUGAUGUCUGGUCUUUCGGUAUUCUGCUGACGGAGAUCAUCAGCUAUGGACGCACUCCAUACCCUGGGAUGACCAACCCAGAAGUGAUCCGCUCCCUGGAGAAAGGCUACCGAAUGCAGCGCUUGGAGAGCUGUCCUACCGAACUCUAUGACAUAAUGUUGGAUUGCUGGAAGAAUAAAGCAGAGGAGCGCCCCACCUUUGACUACCUGCAGAGCAUUCUGGAAGAUUUCUUCACAGCCACUGAGAGCCAGUAUCAGCAGCAGCCUUGAGUCGCAUUACAUUUGUUUCUUAUGUGUUCUGUACGUAUUACAUACCCACUGAGCCUUUUCAUUUAUCCUUCUUUGUCUUUUCAUACUCAAAAAAAAGAGUCUUAUUACAACGUAGCUCAGUCAUUUUCCAUACAUCCACGAAUAAGCGAUAACUAAAAAGUUCAUGCUUUUAGACUUAAAAUAAGUUAAUUUUAUCAUCAAAACUAUUUUUCUUUUUUUGUGUGUGGGGGGGGGGGUAAACCACUUGUCUGAAAAAAGUUAGAUCAUCAGCGAAGAAAUCAACUUUUAUUUGGCGUUGUAGAGCUGUUACAGGCGAAUACGAUUUGCACGGCCAGUUUCAAUGUUAAGUCAUUGUACAGACGCCGUCAGAGGUCCUGCGUUGCAUUUGGAGUGUUGGUUGCAGCGGUCUGGUGGCAGCACGUUGCAGCAAAAAUUCUGACGUGCGAUAUUUCCAGAGUUCAAACAUCAAAACUUUCGCAAAGAAUAUGUGUCACAUAAACCAAUCAGAAACUUAGCUUUGACCCGUGACGCAUUGAUGGCGUGAUCAGGGGGGUGUAGUCCAGAAGUGAUCAAUGUAGAUUUUUUGGUCAGUGGAGAUCAUUACCUCUUCCUGUAAGGUUUGGAAAUCCCUCCUCCACUUCCUUUUUUACCCCAGUUAAAUCAGGCUUUGAAAAACCCUGUUUUUCCGACCGCUUUUAGCAAUUUGGGUUGUUUGAUAUUUUCCGAAGCAGCUUAAUGUAAAUAUGUUAUCUUGAAAGAAUUUUAUAACGCCUUUUUUCAAAUAAUUGGGAAUGGGCUUAUAAUUCCUGUCAUUUAUUCCAAUGCAUCGGCUUUAAAAAAAAACAACAGCUCACUUUUUUAGCUGCAGGCUACUUUGCAUAUUUAAACCUCGUGCACCUCUAUUUCAACAGAAAAAGCAUUGUCUUGCUAUAUCAUCUACUUUUUGGAGGCUUGUUUAACAUCAGUUUUUCACUUAUAAUAGAUUUAUUUGUCCUAUUACAGUUUAGUUCAAUUUCACCAAUAACAGGAACGCAUCGUUGGAUCAUAAAAUGUCUGCAUAGCAACCGUGCAAAGCUCGGAUCCGUCUAGACGCAUAAUAAAUCAAACUGUAGCGUCGUCUGUUAGAAGAAAACUGCAUUAUACAAACAGCAUUUUGGUUUUCAAAAGUGGCUCUCUUAGUGUAAAAGAUGUAUUUUAUAAUGUAAUAAACAAAAUGAGUGUUGCAAGUCAGAAACUCAUUUUUCUUGUCCCAUCUGAAAUGCCCUUAAAAUUCCAACACUGCAAAGUAAAAACUGCUUUUUCAAACAUAGAAUAGUUUGAAGGCUCAUAUCAUAUGGAUAGAAAGUCUUCUUUCUUUACAGGAAGGCUGUUUUUUUCUGUCUGCAAACCUUUUUAUUUUAUAUAUCAAACUGAGCUUAUUUCCUCACAGUGCCUUCUUAAUACAGUAGCCAUAAAACCCUGUGUAUGAUCUGUUCACAAAGUCUUGCGGAAGUUUAGUGUUUUUCAAUAAAACAAUAUAUUUUUAUUGCUGUGUAACUUAUUUUUAAAAGAUGCAUAAAUGUAACAAGUUGGAGAGGUACCGUACAUAUUUCAAUGAUAUGGUGACUGGAGCAGCAUUUUAUUCCCAAGAGCUUUUUAUAUCUUUGUGUUAAAGGGUGCAUGUGAAUGACUAGUGAUGGCUGCUUUUUCCUUUGCUGCAGCAUCUGUGUCUUUCUCAUAUGUUGUUUGAAUAUUCAUAAUGGUUUUUGCACAUUUAAACUAUGUUUGGUGACAGAAAAUCAGAGAAAUUUAAAGGGAAGCUAUGAGCCUGCAAUAGAAAUGAUUUUGUGCUGGCAUAAAUUGACCCACUAUUUAUCAAAAUCUGUGAAGCAAAGAUCUAAGACGUUUGUGCUUUUCCUAAAUUAUUAUGAUUGAAAGAAUUUGCAAAGUUCUGUAUAUAAUCAUAGGAAUAUGUUUAUUUUUUUGUUCAUUCUCUCUACCAAUAUGAAUCUUUUUGCAGCAUCUGCACCUGAAAUGUUAAAAUAAAUAGUUUUUAAAAAGCAAA